GUAAUGUUGUUGUUGUUGUUAUAUUCUACGACACUGAUACAGGCCAGGGCAGACUGGGCUAUACUUUGUGGACUGUGGGUAUUGGGUAAAGCAGUGUCUGACUCUGGCCGCUGUAACGGUUAAACUACUCGACAGAAGACGAGAAGUGCUACUGUAGCCUGCUUUCCAAAUUUCAUCCUACUACUAAUAAAAGCUCGCUCAGCCUUUUCAUGGACAUAACGGGUUACAGAGUCAAUUUUCAUUCAAAGCGUCCUGAAUCAUCAUGUUAACAACUUAGCAAACAGUGGCUGAACUAGCUUAGCUUGCUACGUGGCUAAACCAAACGGUGUAGAACGUGAGGCAGCGUAGACGGCCAUCUGUAAGUGCGUACAUUAAAGAAACUGAAGAGGAAAGAGUUCUGUUUAAAUCCAUUUUACUUCAGAGUGGUAAGUACUCUACAUGUUGUGUGUGGUAUUAUAAUAGAGUGGAAGGUACAUAUAGUCUGUGCUGACUUAGCAGGUGUAAUAGAUGUCAUAACUCAUGGGCUCCAGCAAAGUGACAUUUUAACAGUGUUAAUACUACAGCAUAGACCUCAUAAAGGUUGCAGCAUGCUUCAGACUGAACACUGCUCAGACUAAUGGACUGAAUUAGGAUGUUCUAUAUUCACACACUUCUGCAACAGACAUUUUGAAGUGUAUACCCAGUUUUUUCAGUCAUCAGCCUGGGUUGCUUACAUGUAGCAGGUUUUUAAGUAACUUUUAAAUGCACACUUCACACUGACUGCUCACCAUGAACAGCUUCGAGGAAAAAAAAUCUGUUAACCUUUAGCCACACUUUCUAUCAUUGUGAAUUCAAACUCAUUACUGAGCACCAUGGUGCAGUGACUAGCAUUGUGGCCUCAGGGUGAGAGGGUUCCUGGUUUGAACCCUGGGGUGGGGGGAGCCCUUCUGUGUGGAGUUUGCAUGUUCCCCCUGUAGCAGGGUUUCUGCGGGUACUCUGGCUUCCUCCCACAGUCCAAAGACAUGCAGGUUAAUUGGUGACUCUAAAUUACCAGUAGGAGUGAAUGUGAGUGUGAAUGGUUGUCUGUCUCCAUCUGUCAGCCCUGUGAUAGUCUGGUGACCAGUUCAGGGUGUACCCUGCCUCUUUCCCAAUGACAGCUGGGAUAGGCUCCAGCCCCCUGUGACCCCUAACAGGAUAAGCGGUUACGGAAAAUGAAUGAAUGAAUUACUCAACACACAGCAGGAUUAUGCUAAAUGGAUAACUGCAAUUAACACCUCAGACUGACUCUUCCUUCUUUGUAGUUUUGUCAGUGAUCAGCAGUUUGUCCACUGGGAAAUAUCUUUUUGGUGUAAAUGCUAAAUACUUAAAUACCUCUGAAAUGUGACAGACAGACAAAAGCAAAUGCUUAUAAACUCAUCAAAUGCAAAAUCUUAAUCUGUAAAAUAGCUAGUUGUAAUAUAAAUGUAGUGGAGUAAGAAGUACAAUACUUUCUUCUGAAAUGUAUUGUAGAUAGUAGUAUAAAAUUUAAAUAUGGACAAGCACAAUACUUGAGUAAAUGUAAUUUUCACCACUGUCUACUGACCCCCCACCUCCCUCUGUCUGUGCAAUGUGUAUGUACCUGUUUUCUCCAUGUUUAUAUCAAGUCCAGUUCAACCAGUGCUCUUGUGCUGGAAUAAUACAUCAUCUGUGUAGUUUGUGGUAAUUUGAUCAAACACAACUUAAAUUUGGGAUACGUAUGCACCUUGUUGAAGGCACAGUAUAAUUCAGGUUAUGUAGUGAAGCUCUUUAAACUACGUUUUGAUUCAGGAUUCCUGUUAAAGACAUGCCAUGCCUAUUAAGGGAAAGUUCAGUUUUUUCAAAAGGGGGAUAUAUGAGAUACUUAUCCAUAGUCAGUGUACUAUAUACGGUAGAUAUCAGUUGGCACUCCCCCAGUUUGUAGAAGCAGGCUAGAGCCCAAGACAGAAGCUAAGCAAUGGACCCCGCUGUGGAGGGGUCAGCAACAAAAUGUAUUUUAGCCACCUAAAAAAGUCCCAAUAAAAAAAAUCUAUAUCAGUUUAAGUCUAGGCUGUAUUUAAAAUAUUUUUAGAGCUUUACCUUUCCAUCAGACAGCCUGUUCUAACAGGGAAGCUGUUAACAGCUUCAGUUUCCCAUCUAUGCUCUGAUCAAAGCCACCAGACCCCAUUGACAAAAACAUUAUUUUUAGCACACUGAAUACGGGAGCUGCUGGUCUACCUCUGCUUUCAUCUGUUAGUUAGUUUGUGUUAAUGUGUGACUUUGGUGUAUAAGAACUAACCCUUUUAAACGUCAAAAAAAAGGUCACACAAUAACACAAACCAACUAACUCUUAAAGGCAGUGGUAGACCAGCAGUUCCUGUGUUCAGCAAUGUUAAAUCACUGUUUUUCUCAGUGGAGUCUGGCUUUGAAGAGAGCCAUAUUACGGCUUAAAUUUCCGUUGGACGUCACUGUCAGCCAUUAAGGUGAAGCAGUGAAAAUUCUCAACAUAGCGUACACUUAAAAUGAUAUUGUAAUUUUUAAGGUUAGACUUUUUUAGGUGGCUAAAAUAUGUUUUCUUGCUGACCCCUUCCAUGUCAGACUCCAGCCGGUUUCUCCAAACUGGGGGUAUGCCAGCUUGCAUCUACUUUAUGUAAAACACUGUCUAUGGAUGAUUCAGAUUAUUUAACAAAUUUGCAUUGAUAAAUUCUAUUUGCAUUUAGAAUUGAAUGCCCUAUUGGGAGCUGACAGUAUGAAGGAAGUAGGGAAAUGACAGGAAAUAAAGGGAGAAAGAUGGGGAAUGACAUCCAACAAAGAUCGCCAGCAGGAUGUAAACUGGAGCUGCAAAACGUUAGCUGAAAAGUCAACUCCAAACCUCAGAUCUCAGAUUAAAGUGACUGUUGAAAUAUCACUCAGUUAGAGCAUCUGCUUCACCUAAGGUUUGGGGAAGGGACAGAAUAUGUGGUUGUAAUAAAUGAUGCAGGGAAAAUGGGUUCACAGAAAUGUCCUAGCCUGUAUGCAUAUGAGAUUGUGGUCUCUGCUCAUAGGUUUGUCCAAUGCAGUACUGCAGUACUCGGGGUGGGGUCCGUGGAUGGGACUUCCAGGAUGUGCUGUUUUCAGGUUACGCUCCAGAUGGAGGGAUGUUCAUGCCUGAGAGUCUGCCUUUACUGAGCCCAGACACGCUAAGGGGCUGGAGGGGGCUGACCUACACCGAGCUGGUGGUGGAGGUCGCCUCGUUGUUCAUCCCCUCUCAGCUGAUCCCCAGAGAGGACCUGGAGGUCCUAGUAGGUGAAGCCCUGUCUGGUUUCUCACUGCCUGAGGUGGUGAGAAUUGCCCGGCUGAAAGAGGGUCUGUCAGUCCUCGAGCUCUUCCAUGGAGACACCUUGGCCUUUAAGGACCUGGCCAUGACCUGCACUGUGCGCUUCCUCGACUACUUCCUGCGAAAACAGAAUCGCAGAGCUACUGUUCUUGUUGGCACAUCAGGGGACACAGGUGGCUCGGCUAUCCACAGUGCCAAAGGUCUCUGUGGGUUGGAGGUGGUGGUGAUUUACCCCCGAGGACGCAUCACUCCAGUCCAAGAGAAACACAUGAUCACCUGCCUGGAGGAUAAUGUCCAUGUGUUUGCAGCUGAUGGCAGCUCUGAUGACAUAGAUCAGCCUCUGCGCCGUCUCUUUGCUGACCAGGAGUUGGUCAGGUCUCAUGGCCUCAUGAGCCUCAACUCAGUUAACUGGUCCAGAGUCAUGAUCCAGCUCGCCCACUUCAUCUAUGCUUACCUGGAGCUCAGUGGUAUGGAGCAGGCCGAGGCUAAGGGGGAGUUGCCUGAGCUGGAGGUGGUGGUGCCCACUGGAGGGGCGGGGAACAUUGCAGCUGGCUACAUAGUAAAACAGAUGGGGUUGCCCCUGAAGUUGGUGGCCAUGGUGAAUUCUAAUGACAUAGUGCACAGGACAGUAACCAGUGGUGACUUUUCCAUGGCAGCUAAUGUCACACAAACUUUGGCCCCCGCCAUAGACAUCCAGGACCCGUACAACAUGGAGCGGGUGUUCUGGCUGCUGCUGGGCAGAGAUGGAGCUACAGUGAAGAGCAUGCUGGAGGAGUUUCAACAAUCACAUAGAUACUCUCUGCUGGAAAACCACCGCAAAAUACUGUCACAGGUUUUAUCAACUGGAACAGUGAGUGAUGAAGGGAUCCUGGAGACCAUGAGGAGAUGCUGGGAGGAAAACCAGUAUGUCCUGUGUCCACACUCAGCUGUGGCUGUAUGGCAUCACUACCACUGUCCUCACAACCCCGGGAUCAACAGGUGUUAUAUUGCAACAGCGUCUCCAGCCAAGUUUCAGGCAGCAGUGCAGAGGGCUGGCCUGACCUUUGACCUACCUAAGGCAGUACUGGUGUUGGACAAAUUGGCCACCCGUUACCAGAACCUGGAGCGAAGCCCAAACUGGUGCAAAGAUUGGGAGGACAGACUGAGAGAGAAGAUCCAGUCUGUGAAUUCAGUCAGGAAAAACAAAGGGACGUACUACAGCUAAUUGUGACAGCUGUAAUAUUGUUAAAAAAAAAAAAAGAAGAAAAAAAAAGGUGUUUACAAAAAACGUGGAUGGACAUUAAACUGUGUGUAGGUGAGAUCAGGUGUCUCAGGCUGCUUGUCCUUGAUCCAUGUCCUUCCUUAUCUGGAUGUAAUAAAAUGUGUUAAUGGGAAA